GCGCGGUUUAGUCGAAGUGUACCCGUCGCUCAUCGCGUAUGCGCGUAAGUAUAUAGCUUAUCGUUAUCGGGCUCUCCUACUCUUCCCUCCCCUUUAGCCGUUGCUCGUUUUGGCGAGGCGCCCGCAGUUGACGAAGACGUCGCACACGUGCUAGUGCAGUUGCUCUCGCAGAGAAGCUUGUGUUUUUUUUCCGUCUCUCGAGCCAGGAUGUCGGAGCUCGACCAGUUCUACGAGGUGGUGCUCGAACUCGUCAAGCAAGGCGGCAGCCUGAUCAGAGAAAAUAUUUCGAGGCAAAAAAACAUCCAAGUAAAAUCUUGCGAUGUUGACCUCGUCACAGAAACAGACCAAAUGGUGGAGAAGCUGCUCAUGGAUGGAAUUUCCGCCAAAUUUCCGGAUCACAAAUUCAUCGGCGAGGAGACCACGGCACAAGGUCACAAAGUCGAGCUGACGGAUGCUCCUACGUGGAUCAUCGACCCCGUGGAUGGUACCAUGAAUUUCGUGCACUCGAUGCCCCACACUUGCAUCUCCAUAGCACUUUACGUCAACAAAGUCGCGGAAAUUGGCAUCGUAUACAACCCCGUGAUCGAGCAGUUCUUCUCGGCGAGGAGAGGCCAAGGAGCCUUUCUUAAUGGAGCAUUAAUCCACGUUUCCGGAGAGACAGAACUGAACAAAGCUUUGGUAAUGAUGGAGCUGGGCACAAGCAGAGACCCGGAGAAGAUGAGAAUCGUCAUGGAAAAUCUCAAAACAAUGACACCUCUAGUGCACGGAACGCGAGCGUUAGGCUCAUGUGCGCUGAACAUGUGCAUGGUGGCAAUGGGCGCAGCAGACGUCAUGUACGAGUUCGGUAUUCACGUGUGGGACAUCGCUGCCGGUGAUCUCAUUGUCAGAGAAGCUGGCGGUACCUGCAUCGAUCCAGCAGGUGGUGACUUUGAUCCCCUAAGCCGAAGGGCGCUCUGCGCUUCCUCACCCGAACUCGCUCAAAAAGUAUCAGGAACCCUUGUACAGUAUUAUCCCGAGAGGGAUUAGAUUCGAAUUUACGUAUAGGUGCAAAGAGUACAAUAUCUAAAGAGGGAAACUUUAAGCAUUCCAUAAGAAUAUUUCAUCCGCGGAGCUGGAUGAGAUUUUAUUGUGAAAAAUUGAUGGAUGUUAGUCGCAGAGAAGCAAAAGAGAAACUUAUAUAUAUAUCGAACCUAACGUUGCCCUCAGCAUGAACAAAAACAUAACUUCAAUGUCGAUACUAUUUCAGUGAAAUGAAUUUAUUUUUUUGUCUGAAAAUUUAAUGUAAGUAAAUAAAUUUAAUUUGAAAAAAAAA